AUGUCGUCCAGGGUCACCCGCUCGUCCGCCCGUCAAGCAGCGAGCCAAGCAGCCGCAGCGGCGUCUUCCUCAACCACGACUACGGGAGCCGCCACUCUCUCCUCCGCGCCACCUCCCCCGCCAACCCCACCGACGCCAAAGCCGGCAGCGAGCGCUCGGAAACGAAAGACCAAUAUUAGCCCCGCCCAGGGCGCCGCCGAAUCGCCUUCGUCAUCCCGCAGGCCCAAGCGACCGCGCGUGGCACAAGCAUCCCCACAGCCGCAACCACCUCCCGCUCCGGAAUUGACCUCAACUUCCCGCCGGAAGGGCAAAGACCUCGCGACCAUGUCGAGCCCAGGAACGCCGGCAGGCCCCGCGCAGCACCCCGAGAACCCGUCAACGGCAUCGUCUAGUCGGCGAUCCAGCCGCAAUAAAAAGCCUGUGCAGACACGAGGUAUGUAUUUGCCGAUUCCGCCUCGCCCUUGUUCUAGUCUUACCCGGCCAUCUCUAGCAGAACCGUCCGCCCCCGCUUCUACCUCGAGUCGACGAUCAAAGAGGGGGUCCAACGCCGCCCAGGAUCAAGACGUGGUUAUGGGCGGCACUGAAGAACAUGACAAGGCAUCCGAAGCCCCGCCCCCGCCCCCGCCUCCUGAGGAUAGCUUCCCAGAAGAUAGUGACGACAAUGACGAGGACGAGGAGGCCCAACAACGGUACGACGACGAAGACGACGCCGGCGAUCCUUUUGGAAGCUUUGGCGCCGCUGGGGGUGCGGUUCCGGGUCUAACCAACACCCUCCGAACACUAACUGGCAUGGUGUCGGGCACGUCUUCAAGACUUAGGGAUAUUUUGCACAACCUCCGACAGAAGGAGGACCCCACAAUGCAGCUAAUCGCGCUGCAGGAGCUUUCGGAGCUUUUGCUUAUCCACAACGAGGAUACCCUCUCGGGGCACUUCUCGCCUGAUGCAUUCGUGAAGGAGCUGGUAGGCUUGAUGCAACCAAACGAGCUCACGGGGGAGGAGAAUCCAGAGAUUAUGCUCCUGGCAUGCCGCUGUCUUGCCAACCUCAUGGAAGCCCUGCCAGCCAGCACUUCGAAUGUCGUCUACGGCCAUGCCGUCCCUAUUCUGUGCCAGAAGUUGCUCGAGAUUUCGUUCAUCGACUUGGCCGAGCAAGCGCUCAGCACCUUGGAGAAGAUCUCGAUCGAAUACCCCUCCAGUAUUGUCCGCGAAGGCGGUCUGACUGCCUGCCUCUCCUACCUAGAGUUUUUCGCUACAAGCACGCAGCGUGUCGCCGUCACCACCGCCGCCAACUGUUGUCAGAAUCUCGACCAAGAAAGCUUCCCCGUCGUUCGAGAUGUCAUGCCAAUUCUACUGAAUGUUCUCGGGAGCAGCGACCAGAAGGUCGUGGAGAAGGGCUCUCUUUGCGUCACCCGCAUCGUUGAGAGUUUCCGGUUUCACCCGUCAAAGUUGGAGGAGCUCGUCAGUGUCGACCUGCUCAAGGCCAUUCUUCGCCUACUUGUCCCGGGUAGCACCAAUCUGAUCGGCGCGCACAUCCAUACGCAGUUCCUCCGGAUCCUUGCCUUUGCCGCACGGGCGAGCCCUCGCUUGUCAGCUGAGCUGUUCAAGAUGAACGUGGUGGAGACGCUUUAUCAGAUUCUGACAGGCGUGUCCCCCCCGGGCGGCCACGAUGACAUCGCUUCGAAGCUUGACAGCGUUCUUAUCAUGCAGGCGCUCAUCCACCGCCCGCGAGACCAGAUCAUCGAGACACUCAACGUCAUUUGCGAGCUUCUUCCGGAUUUACCAAAGUCAGCCGAUCCCGCCUCAUACGACCUCCCUGAGAUCUGCCCACCAGCUGAACCGACCACACCUUCCUCCCUCGGUUCUCGUAGAAAGACCACAAACGAAAAGCGUAUCGAGCUUCUGGAGGGCUGUAAAGAGGAGGUUCGGCGGUUUUGCAUGAUCCUCUUCCCCACGCUCACCGAUGCCUAUUCGAGUACCGUCAAUCUGAGUGUCCGCCAAAAGGUGCUGACGGCUCAACUCAAGAUGCUUUCAAACCUGGACGAAGACAUCCUUGUUGAUGCCCUGAAAUCCGUCUCCUACGCCUCCUUCCUGGCUUCCAUCAUUUCUCAACAAGAUCAUCCCUCCCUUGUCCUUUCUGCAGUAACGGCUGCUGACUUGCUCAUGAGGCGGUUGGGCACCGUAUACCGGUAUCAACUUCACCGCGAGGGUGUGAUCGCCGAGAUUACGAAGCUGGCGACCCAGGACCCGGAGCCGGAGCCACAGCCGGAGCUAGCACAGGAAGCGGAACGGAAGCCGUCGACCAACGAAGCUCAAGAGUCAGAGGAUGAGCCGGAGACGGAUGCCGAGCCGGAGGCUGAGCCGGAAGCUGGGCCGGAGGUUGAGCCGGCGUCGGAUAGGUCCUCGGCAGAGCUCGCCGGCGACCAUGCCGAGCAUCAUGGAGCUGAAGCUGGACAGGAAGAGAAUGAGGAACUCGACGAAGAUGAUGACGAGUCCCACGAUUCUUCGGAAGACGACGAGGACGACGAUGACGAUGAUGAUGAUGACGACGACGAAAAUAACGAGGAUAACGAGAACGGUCAAGAGGAUGAUCAGAAUCGGGAUAUGUCGGCGUCUCCAGUUAGCUCCGGGGGCUCCACCAUGUCUACUUCUGGGCCUCCCCCUCGCCUCCCCUCGGACCUCCCCUCGAUGAAGACGAGGAUUAUUGAACGUGCUAAGAAUUUCCUUGAGGUCCACGAAAAUGAGGAAGAGGGGAAGUCCAUGAAGAAGAAGGCCACGGAAAUUCUUGACCGUCUGUCAACUUUGGCGUCUGAGAUUGAGAACUUCUACCUUCACCGUACCUUCUCGUCUCAACUCGCGCUUGAGAGAGGCACCGAACUCUUUAAGAGCUUGGCGUCUUACUUCGACUCGGACGUGCUAAAGAGUGUCACAAGCGCUGAACUGCUCGCAUCUGGUGUCGUCCGCGUUUUGGAAGAGGUUAUGGGCAACCCGGACGAGCAGCUCGCCGUCGCGGCGCAGACAGCGUUCCUCCAAGUUUUUAUGGGAUACACCGUCAAGUCGAAGCCGAAGACCGCUACGGCCGAUUCUCCCUCGACCCCCCUCAGUAUCAUGAUCCACAAGCUCCAGGACUUGCUUAGCAGGUCCGAACACUUUGAGGUUCUUACCGUUCAUCACCAAUCGUUUGAUAGCAAUCGGAGCAGUGCAACUUCCAUGCUAGCAAAGCAGCUGCGGCUCAAACUGGUAGCUGACGAUGACUCGGACAUUCCUCGGCAUUAUCGGAACAUCAUGGUCUCGAUCCACGCCAUUACUACCUUCAAGUCCCUAGAUGAUUAUUUGAGGCCCAGGAUCAGCCUCUCAGAUCGCCCUCGCGGACCUAAGCGAGAGGCAGUCUCGAGAGCGCUAGCUGCGAUGGCCAGCUCGGGCCUUCCCAUGAGCGCAGCGGCGGCCCGGCUUAUGGAACGGUCGUUGUCCAACAGUUUGGCUCCGGCGCCUGCUCCACCUCCGGCGCCCGCAUCAUCGCAGCCAUCAGGCUCACGUUCGACGCGGAAAACUAAGUCCAAAUCAGAUCCUGUCACUGACACCCCGGUGACACCAGAACCUUCAUCCUCAAAGGAAAAGACCACACUGCGCCGGUCCUCUCGCCGCCAAGCAGUGUCGGAGGAAACGCCUCCGCCCCCGCCUCCGCCGGCGGACAAUGAAAAUGACCUUGAGAACACUCUCGAGUGCGCUGAUGAGAGGCAGCUCUCGGAUGACGAGGAGAUGGGGGAUGAUGACGCCCUGGAUAUGGUCCCGGACGUUGACGAGGGUAUGGAGGACGCCCCGACGCCCGAUCCCUCCGCCGUGAACCUAGAGUUUGUUGCUGGAGGUAAGGUGACGGCGCGCAAGGACGAUGGUACUAGAGUGCCCACGCCAUCUCAGAGUCAGAGCCGGUCCACAGCCUCGCUCCCCAACCGUUCGAGCGCGCUGACCGCAGCUCUACUCGGAACCCCAACGCCUGCCGGGUCUUCACGGCCGAUGUCAUAUGCGGCUGCGGUCCAGACCCCGCAAGACUGGCACCUGGAAUUCAGCAUUGACGGCAAGGUUGUCCCUAAUGAGACGACGAUCUACCGUGCCGUUCAUAACUCUACGCAGAAAACCAAUGACCAUUAUGGUCGCACCGUCUGGUCGUCUGUGCAUUCUAUCAAGUUCAGGCGGGUGCCCGGUCCGCCCCCGGCAGAAUCUGCUGCCUUUGGUAACCCGUCUGACCUAGGCGCGGAUUCUGAGGAUGGCAACACUCCCGGGUCCUUGGCCAAAUCCCCGGUCACAGCGUCCAUUCUGCGCCUGCUGAAGAAACUACAUGAUCUCAACGCCAAUAUCGACGAUGUCCUAGUCGAGAACAAGGAGACUCUCAAGGUCAACGUUGAGCCUCUGUCGCAGUUCGUCAACACCAAACUUACCGCCAAGUUGAACCGGCAGCUAGAGGAGCCGCUGAUCGUAGCGAGCAACUGCCUCCCGAGUUGGAGCGAAGACCUUGCGAGGCUUUAUCCCUUCUUGUUCCCGUUUGAGACGCGCCAUCUUUUCCUACAGUCAACCUCUUUUGGUUACGCCAGAUCUAUGAGCCGCUGGCAAAACGCUCAAUCUCAGGAGGAGGCCCGGCGAGACCGGCGAGAUGAAAGGCCGUUCCUUGGCCGCCUGCAACGUCAGAAGGUCCGGAUCUCUCGGGCCAAAAUUCUAGAGUCGGCCGUGAAAGUUAUGGAACUUUAUGGUGCUUCGCAAAGCAUCCUGGAAGUCGAAUACUUUGAUGAAGUCGGCACAGGACUCGGACCCACCCUGGAGUUCUACUCGACUGUUUCCAAGGAGUUCUGCAAGAAGAAGCUCAAGCUGUGGCGCGACAAUGAUCCCAACGGGGAUGACGAGUUCGUCUUUGGGCCGAAUGGGCUCUUCCCUCGGCCGCUGAGCGAGACAUUCGCCGCUUCGGAGGAAGGGGAAAAGAUUCUUCAGCUUUACAAGAUGCUGGGCAAGUUCGUUGCGCGGUCUAUGAUCGAUUCGCGGAUUAUCGAUGUGAACUUUAAUCCCAUCUUCUUCCGCAUAGGCGCCGAGCUUACGGCUGUUCGCCCGUCUCUGGGUGCGAUCAAGUCGGUCGACCCUAUGGUUGCGAGAUCGCUCAUGAUCGUAAAGAAGUUCGCGCUGGCGAAGAAGGCGAUCGACGAGGACCCAAAUCGCAGCGCGGCACAGAAGGUCACCGAUACGGAGAAUAUCGUGGUCGACAAGAUCCGAAUUGACGAUUUGUACCUCGACUUCACCCUACCGGGCUACCCCGAGAUCGAACUUAUUCCCGAGGGGGCUCAGACCCAGGUGACCAUCGACAAUGUUGACCUCUAUCUCGAGAAGGUAAUCGACAUGACUCUGGGGUCCGGAGUCCGCCGGCAGGUGGAUGCAUUCCAGGCCGGCUUCUCACAGGUGUUCCCGUACUCGGCAUUGAGCGCCUUCACGCCGGAUGAGUUGUGCACGUUAUUUGGACGGGUGGACGAGGAUUGGUCACUUGAGACCCUGAUGGACUCGGUCAAGGCCGACCACGGGUACAAUAUGGACAGCAAGACGGUGAGGAACUUGCUACAGGCGAUGAGCGAGUUUACUGCGGCCCAGCGCCGCGAUUUCCUUCAGUUCACGACGGGCAGCCCGAAGCUUCCCAUUGGUGGCUUCAAAAAGCUCACACCCAUGUUCACGGUGGUUUGCAAACCCAGCGAGGCACCCUACACGUCGGACGACUACCUCCCCAGCGUCAUGACGUGUGUCAACUACCUCAAGCUACCCGACUAUUCGGACAUUGGUAUCUUGCGAAAGCAGCUCUUUACAGCGGUCAAGGAGGGACAGGGUGCGUUCCACCUAUCUUGA